GCGUCACCGCGCUCGGAGAGCUUUGCGGAAGUCUACGAGGGCGGCGGCGAGCCCAUCCAUGCCUCUGGCGCGCCGUGGGGACGCUGCGGUAGCGGUGCCCCCCAUGUGGGGCCUGGAGCUGGUCAUGCAGCAGCUGGCGGUGGGAGACGGCGGGGACAAUGACGACGACGAGGAGGAGGACGACGACGAAGGCCCCUGCCGGCUGCCGGUCGUGGCCCAGUCGCAGUGCCUGUCGUGCCGCCGCUUCUCGCUGGUGGCUGGAGUGGGCUGCCUGUACUGCGAGGGCGACAACACGGACGACGACAGCUUCAGCUACGAGGACUGGGAGGCCUGCAGCGAACCUGAGGAGGAGCAUCUCCUGCGGGCGACUCCAGUGACGUUCUGUGGCUUCAAGAAGUCCUUCCUGUGCGACUCGUCUCCGCCCCUCCGGCCAGCUGACAGGAGUCAGGACUGCUCACAGCUGGCCUUUGCUCUGCCCCAGAAGCACCGGCUGACGGCUGAGGAAGCAGAAAGGAACGCAGAAGAGCUCGUGGCAGAGGAAGAGCGUGUCAAGAGGAAGGCUGAGAAGAAGAGGCUGAAGAAGAAGAGGCAGAAGGACAGGAAGAGACAGGAGAAACGUAACCAGGAGUUAGAUGCAGGGAGCCAAGCUCAACCAGCUGCACCCUCAGACAAGAAGCGAGGAGGCCCUUUGACCGAUGUUGCAAAUGUGCUGAAACGCAGGCCUUCUGAGUUGGAAGGGGGCUCCUCCCUGGGCCCCAGCGAGACCCUGGCCUCCCCAGGCUGCAGUUCAGAGGAGGAGCUGGAGGAAGAGCUUGAUCUGACCAGCACUUUUGUCUCAAAAGCUCGCCUGAAAGUGAGCUCCAAGCCCCCACUGCGCAAAGAGAAAACAGAGAAAGGGAAGCCAGUCCAGCCGGAGAAGACGGAACACCAGGCCCUGAGACCUGGGCUCCAGAAGACUCCUGUAGAGCAAAGCUUGGUUCUGGCAGAUUGUGGGAAUGAGACUGCUAAGUGUGGGCGCUACUGGGAGGCCGUGCUGCUGUUCACAGAGGCUGUCAAACUGAACCCCCGGGAAUACAGGUUUUUUGGCAACCGCUCCUUCUGCUAUGAGAAGCUGCAGUGUUACCCAGAGGCCUUGCAUGAUGCCCGGCUGGCCCUUCAUCUGCAGCCAGGCUGGCCCAAAGGGCUCUUCCGCCAGGGCAAAGCCCUCAUGGGUCUCAAGCAAUACGCAGAUGCCGCCAGGACCUUCGAGGAGUUGCUGCAGGUGGACGGCUUCCGGGGCGAUGCAGCCACUCAGCUGCACCGGUGCCACGUCCAGCUUGUGCUGCGGAACAACUUUGCCCCGUGUGCUGCUGCUGCUGCUCCUCCUGGGUGGAGCGGCCUGGCCCAGGCGGCCCCCCCGCCUUUGCCUGGAGGCCGGCCCUUGGCAAGCUGCAGCCCCCAGGUUGGGGGGCCUCUGGCCUCGUUCAGCAUCACCAAUUCAAAGUACCCCAUGGAAGUGACAGCUGCACCCACCUCUGUCAGGGAGUGGUUUGCUGUCUGGGUGGGGAACCUCACGCCCAAGAUCACCCAGGACGUCCUGCUGCGCUACUUCCAGCCGUUUGGGCCCAUCGACUCCAUCCGCUGCCUCCCGCAGAAGUUCUGUGCCUUCGUCAACUACACAUCCCGGGAAGCGGCUGAGGCGGCCUUCGUGGCCUUGCAGGGUGCAGACGUGGCAGGCCGGAAGCUGCAGCUGCAGUUGAAGCACCCGGUGCAUGCCACCCCACCCGUGAGCAAGGCCUCUAGCAGCAGCCAGCUGCCUGUGAAGAGGGAGCCGGCUCCCCCUCCCACGGCCUGCGGGUGCCCUGGACAGAAUGCCACUUGUGCCAAAGGGGGCGGCUGCUCUUUUAGACGUCUCCCCCAGAGAGGAGCUGCAGCAACGAAGCUGCAGCAGUCUUGAGCUGAGCGGCCCUUAGUUGGGUUUCCUGGGACAAAGACACUGGUGGCCAGGGCAGCCCCUUUGGGGUUGCCUUCAUGGAGACACCGGGGGGGCCCUCCUGACUGGGGCCACUUGCCGAAGUCACGGCCUCCAAGCCCACCCUCUCAGCAGAUGGUUUUCUUAUCUGGUUCCCCCGCAUAAACUGCUGGAGGAGGAUUGGCUGAAUUCAGCUUCCUGUAAGGGGUAUGUUCCAGGCUGCGCUGCAGAGAGGUGGGAAGGGGUCUCUGUGUGGGUCUCUCUUUGUGGGUGGGGACUGGGGUGGCUCACGGGUCCCACCCCCGGGAAACUACGUACCUGCAGCCCCUUUGCUGCUGCAACUGCUGACGGCCAAGUGAGGUGUCCUUCUGCGGGCCAGUCAGCUGCCCCCCCCCCCUGCAGCAUUGGGGUGGGGGUGGGGCUCCUGGCCCUGCUGGGACAGAGGGAAAUUGGAGCAGGUUGUGUGCAGCGGGUGAUGUCACAGGACUUGGCCCAAUCCUGGCCCUGCAGCAGAAUUUCACAUGGAUGCAAGACUCAGUCGGGAGCAGAGCCCUCUUGCCUGCUUGGCCCGUCGGUCGGGGAUGGCUGCUUCUGGCUUCGCCUUAAACUGUUUGCAAUAAAGUCUUGAAAAAUCUGCA